AUGUCCUCGUCCCCUUCGUCGGUGAAGCUCAUAUCGCCGAAGCGGACUGCUCCCAAACGGACACCUCUACAAGAAAGAACAUCUUCGGAGACAAAUGAGCUCUCAGCUCGUCUAGGUCCAGAGUCAAGAUCAGACCAAGGGACUUCGGACAUAUACAAAAGCACUCCGUUCCCUACGAAACCCGCUCACGUUCUCCUACCCAGUACCAUCCGCAGGAAGAAGAGCUUUGGGCCAAGCCAACUCGCCGACACUUCUGGGUUUCUGCAUGAGAGUCCAUCGGUUAGAAGCAGCGAUGCUUCCUGGAGUUCACAAGGAGGAGGUGGCGGCGGUGGAGGAGGAUCAAAGCCUACUGUUAGGCUGAAGCGAUCGGUCAAAGCGUUGAGAGACCUGUAUGAAUCUCAAGCCGAAGAAGCGUCCCGUCCAUCCACGGCAACGUCACCGGCCCUUCGCCCAAGCACAGGCAGUUCGUUUCGAUUGAGAAGUCUCAGCUCGAGUGAAAGUCUAUCGGGCGCGUACGCUUGGGAGUCACUGCAAAAGAUUGCGGCCGAUGAUUUGGCGCUGCUACCCUCGUUACCACCUGGGCCUCUUACCCUCAAAAGGAUUUCGUCUCGCUCCUCUUUCACGUCGAUCCCAGAGAGGGCUGCUGCCACUUCGACUCCAAACUACAAAGUGCACGCAGUAACGUCAAGUCCAAGACUGCCAUCGUUCAGAGACCUGAGAGGUCCUUUGCUUGAAGCGUUCGAAGAGGUAUCAAGUGCGGAAUCUGAGAACGAAGUCUCUUCGAGUCCCAACGUUAUUCGGCUCGCACACACGUCCAGCCCCAAGCAAUUCCAAAAUAUCGCUCCAUCGUCCAGUCCAAACGUGGUUCGUCUUGCGAAAUCCUCCAGUACGGAUCAGUUCCAGAGCAGCGAUCAGUCCUCCAGUCCCAAUAUUGUGCGUCUCGCGCACACAUCCAGUACGGAGCAAUUUCCAAGCACCGACCAGUCGUCAAGUCCAAAUGUUAUAAAACUAGGCCCGUCAUCCCCGACGGCGGCUCGUCCUGACUUGUCCAACUCUUCUCCACUUUCGAGAUCGUCGUCGAGCUCAUCGAAGAAAAGGAAGAGGUCCGAGUCCGAGGGAGGGACGUCUUUCGCCGAACGAGGUGGAGCAACGAUUUCACUGGCAUCGAGUCCCCCAGUUCGCCGUUACAUUCCAUCGUCUGCUGCAGGAAGCGCGAGCUCUCCUGUUGACCCCGGUAUUCCGUCUUCCGCGCCGCAAAGCGUCAAACAAAUCAGCGAACCGGUUGAUGAAUCUAGUCCAGUGGACCGACUUUUGGAGAGAGAUGAUGGGACUUCCGAUAGCAUUUCUGUCGGCGACACUCACGCUAGUCUCCAAGCCGCUCUAAGCUCAAGUCCACCGCGUAUUCAAUACCCCAUUGUUCGAGCUCCUGCUGUAAGCCAACAUGCUGGCCUUGCAGUCCCCAAACGUACUUCGAGGUCCAUGUCCACCCAAGGAUCCUUGCCGAAAUUCUCAUCACGGUUAUCAGCGGUCCCCUCUGAGGGCUCGUGGGUUCGAACCAGACCAACCAGUGAAGCAUCUUCAGUCCCCGAUGAUCUCGACCAAUAUCUGUUGUCUGAAGACCUGGCCCCAGCAUCCACCUACAUCAUCAAUGAAGGGGCAAACCUGACACAAAUCCGACUCGUUCAAGAAGCGGAAACACCGGACGAGCCACAGUGCGACUCUGAAUGGGAAACAGAAUACAGUCACCAAGAUUUGGAUGCGCACCAAAACGAGGCGACGGACGAAGUCUCAGCUUUACCUUGGACAGAGUAUCCGUAUAGAUCACCACCCCUUCGAUCAAGCCGGAGCAUCGGCUACAUGUACUCUUCAAAUAACUCUUCACAGCAGUCAAUUGCGCGACUUAAUUCCAUGAAAUCAUUUACGAAGUCACGACCAAACAGAUCCCUUUCCAAUUCCCUCCGCCCAGGUUCUUCUAGCAGCAUUACGAGCGUCAUCCCUGUUCCAACAUGGGCCCGAAGGUAUUACUCGGGGUUUUACAGGGAUUCAUUUCAGUACCUUUAUUCUAGCGGUUCAUAUAUGAAUUUGAGGGAGAGAGCGGCAGCCCAAGCACCAAUUCCAGUACAUUUAGAACCACCUUCGCGGCCCCAGACGUCCAAGUCAGCCGUCAGCACUGGCGUUCGCAAUAUCCAUCAGGGAAUGACGGAUGGCGUUGGAGGCCCUUUCCGCCCGAGGAAACGACCAAAGGUCGAAGCCCGGAAAUCACAUCUUCUACCGGGUGUUGGACCGUUGGUCUCCAACCCAGUGCGCCCUCUACCAACUGCCGCCCCGGCCUUGCCCGGCCGACGACAAUCUUAUCCACAAACACAAUCUAAUCCAAAUCUUCACACUCGCUCAGUCUCCUUGCCGUUAAGCCCUGCCGACCCUCGGGCCCAUUGGGCUGGGGUAGUCGAGAUCCAUGAACACCCAUACGAAGACGGACGAGGCUCCCGCUACAUGAUCCACCAUCACAGCUACACGUAUAGUAUCUCCGCCUCCCAGGUUGACUCCCAAAAUGACCAGUCCGUGAUACACCACCAUCAGGUCAACCCAGGUGGCAACAUAUUCCGUCGGUCCUGGCAUCGUUGGUCCUCUUCUCCGCAUCUCCACCACGAUGCCCGUCUAGGCACGGGUUCAUCGGUGUCGCGUGGCUUUGGAUUUCCAUUCAACGCGAAGUCCCGCUGGAUGACUGGUCUUCCUGAUCUCGUCUCGGGCGGAGAGCGUCAGUCGCCGCUGCACAUUGAUCUUCGCUCCAUCCAGGUGAUAUGUUUCACCGCCGGUUUCCUCGUGCCUGCGGUUUGGUUCAUGGGUGCCCUUCUACCUCUUCCCGCGAGACCCGCCAGCUUUGGGGACAUUGAGAAGCAAGUGGUGCAGGAGCAACGUCAGAGACAACGUCAGUCAUAUCCACUUCAACAAUCGCAGCGGUAUUCUGUAUCCCAACAGUUCAAUUCAGAUUAUUCCCUAGACGAACGAGAGAGGGAAACGAUGGAUAUCUUGGCCAGACUCCGCUUUGAACGGCACGCCGCUGGCGUGGCAGAGCUCAAAUUCCAGAAUGCUCGAUGGUGGCGGAAUUUGAACCGAUGGAUGAGCGCCGUCGGUGUCAUUGUCUUCGUCCUGGUGAUAGUGUUAGCAGUCUUGGGAACAGAACACAAAUGGGGCGAGACAUAG